AUGAGGCUGCUUCACACUAUUGCCUGUGUGGCUGUCUGCUGCAGCCCAGCGUUCGCGGUACGGGAGCGGUCGGAACACAAGCAUGGUGGGCGUUUGGCAGCAGAAGAAACCCUCCUGCAAGCGGAGUCCACAGAGAAGUCUCUUUUCCGCGAACCGGAAUUCAACGUUGUGUUGAAAAAUCGUUACCAAGAAACCGGCCUUAAAGAGUUUAUAUCUCGUCUUCUCGAACACCAUGGAGCACUGGCGACCGGAAAACACGAUGUCGCCCAAAAGGCCCACCAGGAGCUACUCAACUUCCAUAACAGUCAGUACUUCGGAGAAAUUCAAGUUGGAACGCCUCCUGUGCCGUUUGUUGUGGUAUUUGAUACCGGAUCCUCAAACCUCUGGAUACCGGCAUCUGAAUGCAAACGCGGUUGUAUGCCGCAUACCCGCUUUGACCCCAAAACUUCCUCCACUUACCUCCCGAUAAACGCGGGUGCUGGUGAGCCAGCGAUCGCGUUCAUCCAGUAUGGGACAGGUGCAUGUGUUCUUCGGAUGGCGAAAGACACGGUGUUCAUCGGAGGAAUAACAGUGCAAAAUCAAACUCUUGGCUUAGCCCUUCAAGAGUCCACGCAUCCGUUCGCUGAUCUACCGUUCGACGGCCUUGUUGGCCUCGGUUUUCCUGAUGUCACAGGAGAAGAAGGACUGCCGGCGGACGCUCUCCCCCUCGUCGACUUAAUGAUGAAGCAAAAACUGCUUAAAAGGAAUGUGUUCGCCGUGUAUAUGAGUGAACAAUUGAAUCAGCCUGGGGAGAUCACGUUCGGUUCCGUAAACCCUCGAUAUACGUUCGAAGGUCACAAGCCUCAGUGGUUCCCCGUGAUAUCUUUGGAUUACUGGGAAGUUGGAAUUCACGGUCUUCGCCUCAACGGCAAGUCUCUACGCAUCUGCGAACGCAAGCGGUGCAAAGCCGCUGUCGACACCGGUUCGAGUUUGAUCACCGGACCCUCUGAAGUCAUCAACCCUCUCCUACAAUCGCUAAACGUGGCUGAAGACUGUUCGAACAAAGAUAGCCUCCCAACGGUCACUUUUGUUCUGGAGGACACUGAUGGACGCCUCGUUAAGUUCCCACUAAAACCAUCUGACUAUCUCGUCGAGGAAAUCAACUCCCAAGGAAAAUCGGUCACUUGUGCUGCUGGCUUCAUACCAAUGGAUGUUCCUGCUCCUCGUGGUCCUCUCUUCGUUCUUGGGAAUUCGUUUAUAAGGAAAUACUACACCAUUUUUGAUCGGGAUCAUAUGAUGGUUGGAUUCAUGAGAGCCAACCACGACGGGAGCGGCCCAUCACUGAAGGAGUCAUCCGCGAACUCAGACAGCCUUUUCUGGGCAACAGUGCUCGGCAUUAUGGGUUUCUGUGCCAGAGCUACUGCAUGA